AUGCAAAACAAAACGCAAAAAUAUAGACGGAAAUUUAAAAAUCCAAUUGACAUACAAAAUGUCACGCGACGUUUCUCAAUUUGUUCGAAGCGUAGUUCCGGCAAAUGCCGACAGAAUGUGACCGAAUCUAUUCUUAUUCUCAACCUAUGGUUACCUUAUAUUCAACUAUUUGAUCUGUUUGAUUUAUUAUUAAAAAGUUUAUUACUCUCGUUCUUUAUACUUAUUUUUCAAGUCUCAUCAAAUGAUCAUCAAAGUCAUUCUUCGUUGGAAAGAUUUCGAUCAUGGCCUGAUACGUCUCGCCAUCAUAGAAAUGAUCUAUUGCGCAAAUGGACUGAACAUAAACGAACGAAUAGUUAUAGUGAAAAUCGUCGUUCGUCAUUACCCUUCGAUCUUUUGACUUCUACUCAACAAUUUAAAGGAUGCAUUGAUCCAUCAGAACCAUUCCAGUGUCCUCAAAGUGAACAUUGUAUUGCUCUUCAAUUCAUUUGUGAUGGUCACCCGGGUGAUUGUCCUAAUAAUCUUGAUGAGAACGAAGAAACAUGUAUUGCAGCUAAACGACCAGCAAAAGAAAAUAUCGAGAAAUUUCUUCAUGCUGAAUAUACUCUACAUGGAUCGAAACUAUUCACAUUUUUAUUCGGCGAAAAACUUGCAAAAAGUAUCGACGAGAAUAACGCUUUCUGGUUCGACACAUUAGCAUCAGCAUUUUCCGUGGCAAAGACGAUCCGUCGCUUUGCUGAAAAGACGCGCAUGUCAUCCAGUGACCUUGCGCACUUUCAAAGCGUUCUCCAAUUAAUUCAUGAUGGUCGAUUGGAAGAAGUUCCACUGUACGUACAAGAAGCUGUCAAUCAAGGUCUAGCGUCAUUGGUGGAAAAACUUUACGACUCUGGAUUCAUGGAUCAAUAA